AUGGCUUCAUGGUUUCAGGCAGAGGCCUCCGACCUGCUUCGAAGACAAGCAGAUGAGCCAGAUCCUGAUGCACCUGCGGAAGCCGGCCAGAAAGAGAUAUUCUCAUCAUGGGCACUGUUCAUUCUAAUCACGCUUCUGAUUCUGGCUCUCUUUACAAGUUAUAUUCUUCAAUCCAAAAAGAUACAAGCGGUCCAUGAGACUGUAAUCUCAAUCAUUGCUGGGAUGUUUGUCGGCCUCGUCAUACGGGUGUCUCCUGGAAGUGCUAUCCAGGACAGCGUCACGUUCAAUUAUCAGUUCUUCUUCAACUUGUUACUACCUCCUAUCAUCCUCGCAUCCGGCUACGAAUUACACCAGGCGAACUUUUUCCGGAACAUCGGUACAAUCCUCACGUUUGCCUUUGCUGGCACCUUCAUCUCUGCAGUUGUUCUGGGUGUAAUACUCUGGCUCUGGACCAGGGUUCCCUUGGAUGGCCUGAACAUCACUUUUGUAGAAGCAUUCUCCGUCGGUGCUACAUUGUCCGCGACGGAUCCAGUGACGAUCCUUGCAAUUUUCAAUCUGUACAAGGUUGAGCCUAAACUCUAUACAGUGAUCUUUGGUGAAUCCAUCCUUAAUGACGCUAUUGCAAUUGUCUUGUUCGAGACUGCCCAGCGGUAUAAAGAAGGCAGUGCCGUGGGAAAUCUAACCUUUGUGACACUUUUCGAGGCGAUCGGGAUCUUCCUGCUGGUCUUCCUGGGGAGUCUUGUGAUUGGGGUUGUGGUGGGAAUCAGCACAGCACUGGCAUUAAAGUACACCCACGUUCGGCGAUUUCCCAAAAUUGAAAGCUGUCUGGUUGUUCUCAUUGCAUAUGCUAGCUACUUCUUCUCAAAUGGCGUCCAUAUGUCCGGCAUCGUUUCUCUUCUAUUCUGUGGAAUAACCCUGAAGCAUUAUGCUUACUAUAACAUGUCACGCCGCACCCAGUUAACCACCAAAUUUCUGUUCCAGGUGCUUGCACAGUUAUCAGAGAAUUUUAUAUUCAUCUACCUCGGCAUUACGCUGCUAACUGAAACGGAUCUGAAAUUUCAGCCUUUGUUCAUAUUGAUCACGGUUGUGGGAAUUUGUGCUGCAAGAUGGUUGGCCGUCUUUCCGCUCUCCAAGGCCAUCAACUGGUUCAUCCGGUACCGAGCGAAAAGACGAGGACAGGACGUUGCAGACGAAUUGCCGUACCCUUAUCAGGCAAUGUUGUUCUGGGCAGGUCUCCGGGGUGCAGUUGGGGUGGCCCUCGCGGCCGGCUUGGAAGGAACAAAUGGUCCUGCGCUGAGAGCCACAGUCCUGGUGGUUGUCGUCCUGACGGUCAUCAUCUUCGGCAGCACCACGGCAAGUAUGCUCGAGAUUCUCGGCAUUCAAACUGGUGUGGUGGAUGAAAUUGAUUCUGAUGACGAGUUCGACAUUGAGACUACGAACGGCGGCACCUAUUAUAAGCGUACAGGCACCGGACUCGGCCACACGCCCAGACGAGAUACGAACAUUGCGCUGAAUCAAGUUGAUCGCCAAGCCAAUGGGAUACCAAAGUCUGGCGUGGGCUAUAGCAGCGGUAACCGCCAUAGCCCAAGAACCCGGCCAUUGAAUGGGUUGUCCUCAAGAAAGAACUCAUCCUUCAGCCAGCGGGAGCGAGAGGCUGCAGCGCAGAACUUACUUCACGCCGGCAGUAACACGCCUAGUGAGGAUGAUGAAGCAUUUUCUGAUGGAGAUCUGCCUCCAGCCGCCAAAAAGGCACCACGGAGUAAACCCUCAACUUUACCUGGCGGUGAUAUGGUAGAUUCUUCAAGCACAUAUGUGCCGCCUGAUGCAUCAAGUUCUGCAGAAGGCACAGAUCAUCACGCGCACGCCCAUGGCUCAAUCCGGGAUCUGUUUUCGAGAUCAGCAGGUGACCAUGCGGCCUGGUUCCGGCAACUGGAUGAAGAUUUUAUCAAGCCAACAUUGUUACUUGAUCAGAAUAAGGGAGGCUCGGUCUGA